GCAGGCUCACCAUUAAAAAAGGAAAUGUCUUUGCGUGUAUCCUGCGUUACGUGGAAACCCAGGGUUUGGGGAACGUAUCAGUGUGGGAAGGCAAGCUGUGUGCCUGACACUUCACUGCCAGCCAUAGUCACCCAACGACCAUCAUGGACAAAACAUCCCAGCAUCUGGGUCAGCUGCUAGCUGCUAUCAAGGAAGGUAGCGCUACUAAAGCGGUUUCACUCCUGCAUAAUCUUGAAGGUUCACUACCAAAUAUCGAGUCUCAGUCGUGGCUACAUUUGGCUGUAAAUGCUCCGUUCAACAAUCGUCGACUGUUACGACUGUUUCUGGAGGAAGGAGUCUCCCCUGAAACGACUGACAGUUCUGGAACCACGGUUCUUCAUUUGUCGGCGAAGAAAGGUAAAGUCGCAUGUAUUCAGGAGCUAAUACGAUGGAAUGCGAACGUUGACAGCAGGGACAGUAAGGGUCAAACUCCAAUGCAUUACUUGGCCCGUAACAACCACGGUAGCACAGUAGCCUGUAUGCAACAUCUGCUGCAGGCUGGGGCUUCCCGUGACGCUACCACCACCAUGGGCUUCACUCCUCUACAUAUUGCAUCAGAAAGUGGCAAUGUUAUCGCUGCCAGAGCACUCCUGACUGCUGGAGCUGGUCACAGUUCAAUCGACGCACGAGGAAGGACGCCUCUGCAUUUAGCGUCAACUACGAAAAUGGCGGAGACUCUGCUGUCUGCCGGAGCUAACGUGACGUGCGAGGACGGCGAGGGUCACACACCUCUGGACAGAGCCAUCAAGCACUUCCCAGAUAUCGUCCCAACACUUCUGGGCGCCGGAGUAGCCGUCCAAGGUGACCCUCAGGAUAGAGACCUUCGUGUCUUUUUCCACCUUAAUAUUAUCAGUGGGGGUCAAGGAAGCGAAGUGAAUCUGCUUAAAUCUAUGACGCUUCUUGGUCAUCAGGAGCUUUUAAAGCAUCCUCUGUGUGAAACAUUUAUGCAUCUGAAAUGGCAACGCGUCAGCAAAUUCUUUUAUACAAGGUCCUUAAUUUUCUUUGCUAUGAUUAUUUUAUUUUCGUCAGACUUGUAUUUCAAUCUCCCUCUACCUCUUGUUGACAACUCCAAGCUGGAUUCUAAAUAUGCUAACCAAUCUGAAGUAAAUAAAGGACUGGAGGAUAUAUAUCGCCGGUUUACGAUGGUGGGAAUCCCUCGCGUAAUGUCGACUGUCCUCUUGCUGGUAGUGACAGCCAGAGCCAUAGUGGAGAUGGUCACGCUGAAGACGCAGUACUGGAAGAAUGUGGAGCGGUGGGUGGAGGUGGGAUUCCUCUUGAGUGCCGCGGUGCUACUGGUUUACCGCGACGACGAGCGGGGUUGGCAGCGACACCUGGGCGCCAUCUCCGUCGUCCUCGGGUGGUAUAAGGUCACCCUCCUGGUCGGCCACAUGCCUGCUGUUGGUAUCUACGUCCACAUGUUUCAGGCGGUAGCAGGGAGAGUGUUGAUCUUCUCCCUCGUCUAUGCAUCUCUCUUCGUGGGCUUCGCUCUCAGUUUCCAUCUGGUGUUCUCCGGUUAUCCCUUCCAGAGGGCGGACAACCUCAUACCCAAAACACUGGCCAUGAUGGUCGGGGAGCUCGACUACGCUAGGCUCUUCGGCGCUGAUGAUGUGCGCGCUCCAGAUUACUUGGAUCGUACAGCCCAGAUAGUGUUUGUGGUGUUUGUGGUGGUGAUCACUGUGGUCACUACCAACCUCCUGGUGGGCCUGGCAGUACAGGACAUUCAUCAGCUGGAGAACAAGGCGAGCGUGUACCGCUUGGCUCUCACGGUGGAACAAGAGGCCAACGUAGAAGAAAUUCUGAAUAUGAAGCUGAUGGCGUGCCUGUUGCCCCAUCGCUUCUUGAACUGGCUCAAGCUACAAUGUUCCCUGCUGGGUUGCCUCCCCCACCGCCCUCUUCCCUUCCUCACCACCGGAUACAACGCUACUAACUACAUUCUCUCUGCCUGGUGGAUCAGCAAACUUGUGGGUACACAACAUCUGAGCAACAUGUCCCAGUACAACAUCUUCGUGUGCCCAAACCACUCAGAAACACCCGGCCGAGUGUAUGACUGUCUAGAAGAGAAUAACAUGUCAAUUGACUCGAUGGAAAAGUCCCCAGACGUGGCCAGGGACACCCCCUACAAGCUGCCCAACUCUCUGCUGGAGAACGUGAAGCAAAUGAUCAAGAACGGCAGCUACACGAAGCCUUGCGACGUUGAGAGGUUGCAGGAGGAGGAACCUGAGGACUACGCUGAGGAAGACCAACUUCAAGACAUACGGAAAUCCAUCUCCUUUCUCUCACAAGUUCUCCAGAAUAGAAACAUUGAGGAUGACCUGUAAAACCUUCUGUAUGCACACCUGUUUAUAAUUGUGAAUCAAGAUGUCAUCAAUCAGUGAUACAUCAACUUGGUUAAAGUUCUUCACCGAGGCUGGAAUCCCAGCGGGAGAAGCAACUAAUUAUGCCAUCAUCUUCACCGACAAUCGUAUUAAACAAGAUAUGCUUAUGGAUC